AUGGACUAUGAAGAUGGUCCUGUACUGAACCCAACAACAACCACCACUCGCAGCGGUCCACCUCGAUCUCCCCCUUAUUCACAGGGGGAUGACGACAGGCCAUCCAAGUUUCGCAAACAUGGAUCGAAGCUGGUGUCUGCUUUGCGUUCUAUCAGGAACAGCUCCAAUGCAUCCAUAGCCGAAAACUCAUUGCUAUCUCCACCUAACAGUCCACUAGGUAUAGGUCGAGUCUUAUCUGCGGCUUUUCUUAAGAACCAACUCGAACCAACUGUGGUCCAUCGCGCUCAGUUCAAGAGUAGGCCUAGUGUCAUUUCCGUCGAUAGAGGUGUCAUCGAGCUUACCCCAGAGUCCUCGCCUUCCACGAGUGCCGAGUCAAGUAGCAACAGCGGCAAGUCGUCAGUCCCGAGACAAUCAACUGGAAAGACAUCACUCGAUUCCAAGUUCUCUGCGAAGUCAAAGGUGGCAUCACAAAACUCCUCGGACAACAAAAAACCUGUGACUAAACAAGUGACCACGGAAGGGGGGUCAAACGAGAAUGUUCUUACUCCUAUCGCCGAAGUGGAAAUACAAGCCAUCGUUACGGUAGAGAAAGCUGCAGCAGCUAAGAUCUUCUUCGAGUGUCAUUACAACGACUUGACAUCUCGAGACUUGACUCCCCGAUCCAUCCGUCGCCGUCAGCUUGAGUUAGCGCUUCAACAAGAUGCAACCUUGCUGCCAGCUGAAAAGCUUGAAAAGAAGCGAGCCUGGAUGAGGUAUGAAACCGACCAUCUUCGAGAGACUCGGGUCAUGAAAGUUCGGUCCGUAAACGCAUUGAAAGGGAAAGACAUCACUGGCUCCCGCUACGAAGUCGUCAAAGUGCUUGGUAAAGGUAGUUUUGGUGUUGUGCGCUUGGUAAGAGAGAAAGAUGAUGGCGAUGACCAUCGAAACCCAGAGCAUAGCAAGGAAAUCUUUGCCAUGAAGGUCAUUCGAAAGUCAGACAUGCUUCGUAAUAGCCAAGAAGGCCACCUUCGAGCGGAGCGUGAUUUUCUUGUCUCCGCUGAAGGCUCUCAAUGGGUUGUUCCACUAAUUGCAUCCUUCCAAGACUUGAACAACCUCUACCUUGUCAUGGACUAUAUGCCAGGAGGCGACUUUCUAGGCUUGUUGAUUCGUGACAAUGUGCUAUCUGAGCCUGUCACAAAAUGGUACAUAGCUGAGAUGAUACUUUGCAUCGAAGAGGCACACGCACUCCGUUGGAUCCAUCGGGAUGUCAAACCGGAUAAUUUCUUAAUCUCUGCAUCUGGACACUUGAAGAUUUCGGACUUCGGACUUGCUUUUGAUGGUCACUGGUCCCACGACCAGGCUUAUUACAAUCAUCAUCGAUACUCUGUGCUCACAAAGUUGGGUAUCAAUGUCGAAGGUGACUCAAUCGACAGGAAGGAAGGCCGCACAGUGGCAGCAGCAAUAAACAUGGCCAACGCCCUUGCAGGUCAUAAAGAAAGACACGAGAUCCAUCAAUCGAGCUAUGAAGCAGCUGAUGGGAUUUUGAAUUGGCGUAAUCGCUAUACCAAUCGGUCCCUGGCACGUUCUGUGGUUGGUACUAGUCAGUAUAUGGCCCCAGAAGUAGUAAGAGGAGAGCAUUACGAUGCUCGUUGUGAUUGGUGGAGUGUUGCUGUCAUUCUUUAUGAGUGUCUUUAUGGACACACUCCUUUCUUGGCUGAAGAAGGAGGUAGACAACAAACCAAGAUGAACAUUCUGGCAAGUUUACACCAUAAAUCUACCUUUGGAUUUCCUCACAAGCCUGUAGUGAGUAAGAGAUGUCAAGAUUUGAUACGAGGUAUCAUCCAAGAGAAAGAUAGUCGAUUGUGCUCCAGACGCUACAGAAUGCAAGGCCAACACUCAGGAUCGCAUCAACACCAAGACUACGCUGGCCGCUAUGUCUAUCCACAUGACGCCGAAGACAUCAAAGCUCACAAAUGGUUCAAAGACAUUCAAUGGGACCGACUUCACCAGAUGGUACCACCUUUUGUUCCCAACAUCAAGUCCAUGGACGACACCCACUAUUUUGAUGAGGAAGAUCCAAUCUCGGACUUCUCGGACUCUCACACCGGGUCUCCAGCGACUGCAAAAGAAAUUGACGAAGCUCUCAUGCCUUUCAAUCGGGAGAUCCAAGUACUAGCGAAAAGCUAUAUUCAACGUCCACACGACUCGCUUAAGCUCAAAAAGGUCGAGAAAGAGAUUGAUGCCUUCACGAUGGGUGAAGAACAGAAAGAUUACUUGAAAGCUUUCGUCAAGCACUAUGGCCAGAAAGAGAGGAAAAGACCUCGGGAUCGGCUGUUGAGAGACAGGGACUUGGCUCCAAGAGUGCUAGAACUGAGAAAAAAGGGAGCAUUCCUUGGAUAUACUUACCGCAAAUUCAGGCCGUACCACCAAGCAAGUUUCAGAGGACAUCGCAGUCAAGGAUCUGGGGUCAGUGCAAGCUCCGCAGGGAAGAGAACAGUUUGGCACCGCGCAAGAUUGAGUAUUCAUUGAGCAGGUAGAGGGAGAUUGGGGUUCGGUGAGAUUGACUUGAUUCGUUCGCGUGCGAGUACGGC